CAACCUCCCCCGCGUCUCAUUCUUGCAUCCGACGCCGCGCCUCAUCCCAGGCGGUGUCUCAGCUUCAGUCCGCACUCCUCACCCGGAAGGACGCGCCGCCGACACUCUGUUCCAGCCGCCGGCAGUGCGCAAAACGCCAUUCGCACACACUUGCACUUCUCACUUUCUUAACCUGUUCAGCACCGCACGCUCGCAUACACACGUCCACGCCUACGCAUACGCCCACGCUCCCAUACACGUCGUCUUCCACGUCCUCUCCCACGACCACGCCCCCCCUCCGCUUCACCCCCCAUGCACAUUCCUUUGCUACCAAAGCACCCUAUAGUGCGGCCAACAGCAACAUUCCUCUUUCUCGCACUUAUCCUUUACUCUCUUCUCGCGCACUGGCAGCAGCACGGGGGCGGGAGACCAAUGUUUGACGAGAGCCUCGAGCACAAUGCUUAUGUGCAUGAAGAAGACCGCCCGCCUCCAGACACGCAGGUCGGUGCGGUCGAGACACCUCACAAGCCCAUGACUCCGGGGGGAGACACGCGCAAGGUUGUCGCGCACUUCAUGCUCGGUAACACGUACCCCUUCACCGCGUUGAACUGGGAGGAGACGUUCGAUCUAGCCGAGGAGAGCGGGCUGGACGGGCUCAUCCUCAAUCUGGGACGGGAGGAGUGGCAGUUCCGGCAGGCGCGUGCGGCCUACCUCAUCGCCGCGAAGCGCCUCAAGGCGCCCGUUCUGGGCCGCAGCCCGAUCCGGCUUGCGCUGUCGCUCGACCUCAACGUCAUGUCGUCGAGCGAGUGGAGUGACGCCGUCGCCCUCACCACCAAGAUCGCCGGCCUCAUGGGCUCGCCCGCGCAGCUGAUGCACAACGAUCGGCCCGUCCUGACCGCCUUCGAUGGCCACGCAGCCAGCUGGGGUGGCAAGGGGUGGAAAGGCUUCUUCGAUGAGCUGCACCAGAAGAUGAGGUUCCAUGUCUCCUUCUGGCCAGCGUGGUUCCAGCCGCCCGACGAUUUGAUCGAUAACAUGCUCAUCGACGGGCUGUUCUCAUGGAAUGGUGCUUGGCCCAUGGGCAACCGACACAUUUCCCUCUCUCACGACGACAUGGCCUACAUUGCGUCCCCGAAGCCCUUCAUGGCGUCCGUCUCCCCGCUCUUCUUCACACACUACGGCAAGACUGGCGAGUGGGCCUUUGAUAAGAACUGGAUCUACCGCUCUGACGACCUGCUCUACCCGAGCCGGUGGGCAUCCAUCCUCGCCUUGUCGGACGCGCGGGCUCCCGAGAUUGUCCAGGUCAUCUCGUGGAACGACUAUGGCGAGUCGCACAACAUUGCGCCCGUGCUCGGCGCCGAGCCGGGCAGCAGUGCUUGGACGCGUGGCAUGGACCACGUCGCGUUCCGAGAGAUGACCGCAUACUUUGCGCGGCGGUGGCGCGACGGCGAGCCUGAGGUCGCUGAUGAGCUGGUUGUUUGGAUGUGGUAUCGUACCCACCCAAAGACGCUGGAGGCAUCCAACGACAGUGUUGGGCGGCCGGAUCACGCCAACUGGGCGCUCGACCUCAUCAACGCCGUCGUACUUGUUCCUGCUGGGCUGGAAGACGUUGAGCUUAUCGUCACGAACGGGCCUUCGGGCCAUGGCGGCAAACACGCCAAGCACCUCAGCUCCGGGAAGUCCAAUGCUGUCACCAUCCCAUUCCAGGCGGGGAGCGUGCACUUUGAGGUCAAGUCGAAGUUGGGCACACACAUGCGGCACGCGGCGCACGAAAUCUACCGCAAGACAGAGCAGUACAACUUCAACAUGUGGUCCGGGGCGUGGCGGGCCAAGGUCCCGCGGGUUACCAAGGAAUGAAGGAGGAGAAGGCGGAGGCAUCGGCGCGAUGCGGGAGCAGGACCACAAGUCGGCCGAGGCGAUCUCAGCAUGUCGGGCAUGACGAAUGAUAGACGUUAGAUUGUAACACUGUAUCAUUGCAUUGAAGGUCUGAG